UUCUGGUACGAUUAAAGUUCCGCGGGAAGAAAAUAGGAAGGUGAAGGGCUUAGAAGAGAAGAGGAUGAAGCAGCUGAAAGUGUUCGCAGAUCGGAUGUCGCAGCCGUCGCGUGCUGUCAUAAUAUUCUGCAAGAUUAAUGGAAUCGAUUUUGAGGAGGUGAGGAUAGAUCUCCGUAAGGGCGACCAUAAAUCGAAGGAGUACCGAGAAAUAAAUCCCAUGGGACAAGUUCCUGCAAUUGUUGAUGGAAGCUUUAAACUAUUUGAAAGUCAUGCCAUACUGCGACAUAUUGCUUGCAUAUUCCCUGGAGUUUCCGAUCACUGGUAUCCAGCUGAUGUUUUCAAUAGAGCCAAAAUCAAUUCAAUUCUGGAUUGGCAUCAUUCAAAUUUACGGCGUGGUUCAACUACCUUUGUUCAAAGCACAAUACUAGCACCUGCAGUUGGUCUUCCAUUGAAUCCUCAAGCUGCCUGUGAAGCUGAGAAAGUUAUAUUGUCAUCUCUCUCAAUAAUUGAAUCCAUUUGGCUUAAGGGCAACGCAAGAUUCUUAUUGGGAAACCCCCAGCCAUCAAUUGCAGAUCUCAGUCUCGUUUGUGAAAUUAUGCAAUUCGAGGUUCUUUCUGAAAAUGAUCGUGAAAGAAUUCUGGGACCUUACCCGAAGACAUUACAGUGGAUUGAGAAUGUCAAAAAUGAAACAAAUCCACAUUUUGAGGAAGCCCACAAUGUUCUAUACAGAUUUAAGGCCAAGCAACGUAGCAAGCAGGGUUCCCUUGGUGGACUCCCAGCAAAACUUUGAUAAAAUGAGCCUUUUUUUUUAAUUUCAUCAACUUCGGAUCAAUGUGUUAGGCAUUUGUAAUGAGUGGUUUAAUCAUCUUUUGGAGUAAUUUAGGUUUCGUUUGGGAAAGCUUUUUUGCUGCUUUCUAAAACUAUUUUCAAGAAAUUUUUGUACUCGAAAUUCAUUUUAGAAAGCAUCAAAGAAGUUGUCCCAAACGAAACGAAACCUUAUUUUAUUGACAGUCUAUGAGUCUUUAAUAGGUAGUUAAAUGAGUCAUUGGGUGUCUUCUAUCUUGAUUUAUGCUUCCUCUUGGGGAGUAUAUGACAUGAGCAUGAAUGAAAUAAAUUAAAAUUCCUUUUUGGUAGAA